GAGGGAGGAGUAUUUUUCUUUAUUGAGAGGGUAUGACUCUGCGCACCGAAAUUACCCUGGACAUGACUCCACAGAAUUAGAGAGUUCAACCCAAGUUGGGGCUGAGUUUCUGCAGCGGUGCAAGAUGACAGUGGCGGCGGGGAUCGGCUACGCGCUGCUAGCAUUGGGUCCAUCUCUUUCACUAUUCGCCGCGGUUAUUUCCCCCAAGCCUUUCCUCGUCCUCACCCUUCUUUCCAGUACUUUGCUAUGGCUGAUGAGUCUCAUCGCAUUAUCGGCUCUGUGGAGAGCGUUCCUCCCCUUCAAAACAUCGGCGUGGUGGCCAUACGCACUUGUUAUUCUGACUUCUGUCGUCUUCCAGGAGGGCCUCCGACUUUUCUUGUGGAGACUGUACAAGCGGAUGGAAGAAAUACUGGAUGCUUUUGCUGACAGAGUCUCUAAGCCUCGCCUCUAUAUUACAGAUAAGAUGCAAAUUGCUCUUGCUGGUGGAAUGGGUCAUGGUGUGGCACAUGCUGUCUUCUUCUGCAUAAGCCUGUUAACACCUGCAUUUGGGCCAGCAACAUAUUAUGUGGAGAAGUGCUCUCAGAUACCAUUUUUUCUCGUCUCUUCUCUUAUAGCACUUGCAUUUGUCACAAUCCACACUUUCUCAAUGGUUAUUGCAUUCAAUGCUUAUGCUGAAGGAAACAAAAUUGACCAGUAUUUUGUUCCUCUUGUUCACCUUGCUGCAGGGAUGCUAACAUUGAUAAAUCUUUCUUCUGGCGGCUGCAUCGCCGGUGUUCCUCUGCUUUACGUGUUGGCUGUUGUAACUUUGGCGCGAUGUGGGAAGAUGGUGUGGGGAAGACUCACCCAAAACAGGUCCGGACAACCAAACUUGCAGUGAUGGACAUAAAGAGUGAGAUCUUACUAAUUGGUUACAUAGUAGAUAGAAUACGGUUUAUGCUUUAUGUGUAGAUGUUAAAUCUCUAUGUUGCAUUUAGCUUAUUGAUACAAGUCACUUUUGUUUUAUUUCUCAUUUUUCUCUUGAAAUUGAAUUUCUGAAUGAAUAGCUUUUGUGUUCCA